UUGUUCCUCAGUCUCAGGGAUCAACGGCUGAGAUGAAGCGGGAGGGAUGGCAGCACGGUAUGGUGAGGACCUACAGGAUUCUGCCUCCGCCGCUGAAUCCGAGGCCGGGGUUGAGACCGGUCAACUCGUUGACUUCUCCCCCAACUGCGGGGUUAUUUACCAAAGUGCCAUCCAAGCCGACCAACCACUCCAAGUUCACCGGCAAAUGUGGUCAGCCGAGGUGCCUUGACUGCCACUUGCGUCCGACCACCAAAGCCAAGGACAAGACCAAAGGCGAAUCAAAGCUGAGAUCGUACGACUCUGUCUCCACCUACAAGCUGCUCACAUGGCGGGUCGCCGGCGGGAGAUCAUCUCGUUUGAACUUCCCCGGUGUUUCCGCCACCGGAAUCCUCGAUCUCCUGUCGGAAGACAGGUGGGUGGAGAAUUACGAUAACGGAUAUGAUGAUGAAGACGGAGACGAAGCAAUGAAGAUUAACUGUGAUGCUGGUGAAAAUGAUUGCAAUGAUGAUGGGCCUCGUGGUGAUGAUGAUGAUGAUGAUGGCGAUGACGAGAAAACCAGAAUAAGCGACGUGGGUAUCGUGCUUGAUCACGUGGAAGAGACUGAAGAAGAAGGCUGGUGUUUGGUUGAAGAAAUGAUGAUUAUUGAUCUGUAAAUUCCAUGUUUCCCAAUGAUGUAUCAUGUGCAUGGAUCUGCAUUUCUUCUCUUUUAAAAUUUCUUGAACUGUCAGUCCAAUGAUUUCGAUUAUAAAACGUUAUCAUUCUAUGCAAAGUUUCCAGCUUUUUAUCCUGCGACUAAGCCAUUCCUGCAACUGCAAAUCAUAUAUUUCAAGGGGAAAUAGAUGCAUCACGAAAGAAAAGUGACUCGAUGAUACCUUCACUGAAUUAAUAUGAAGACGAAAACCUCCAAAAGGUUCAGAGGGUUUACAAGACGAUCGAUUCGUAUACACGAAAGAAACUUUCUUUAUCACCACCAACGUUUCCUAUGGCACGCUGAGACUCUCUCUGGGCGGGAAGAGCACAUCGGUGCCUUUUCUUACAAGUCUUCUUUUUAUAUAAAAGAACGCUAACA